AUGAAGCUUUGGAGAGAUUCAAGGAGUAUACAAGGAGAUUUCCCAAUCAUGGAUUUUCAGAAGAUAAUCUUUGGAACAUCUUUUACGAUGGGAUUGGAUCACAAAUACAAGCUUUCACUCGAUACUGCGAGCAAUGGUGACUUCAUGACCAAAUCGGUACCGGAGGCAAAGCUUUUGAUUGAGAAUCUUGCUGCUAGUGAUGCCAAUGCCUGCCCUGACUACAAUAGAAGUGUGAAGACCACGAACAUGAUAGGGGAAUGGAAACCCUUUGGGAAUGGACUCGGUCGAGCUAGGCAAACUCGACCGAUUGGUCAAGGAGAUGCUCCAAACCGCCACCAACAGAGACAAGGGAUUGUUCCACCACCAGUGCAGAACCACAACUUUGAGAUCAAGCUGGGAAUGAUCAACCUUGUCCAGAACAAGAUGUUCCAUGGAUUGCCAAGUGAAGACCCCAUUGACCACCUUGAUGAGUUUGAUAGGCUUUGUGAUUUGACAAAGAUCAAUGGUGUCUCUGAAGAUGCCAUCAAGCUGAGACUCUUUCCUAUGUCUCUAGCUGACAAAGCUCACCAAUGGGAGAAGAGCUUGCCCCAUGGCACAAUCACCACUUGGGAUGAAUGCAAGAAGGCCUUUCUUGCUAAGUUUUUCUCCACCGGUCGCACAGCCAAGCUUAGAGGAGAGAUAUCCAGCUUCAUCCAGCGAAACAAUGAGACAUUCGCAGAGGCUUGGGAGAGGUUCAAAGGCUACACAAGUCAGUGCCCACACCAUGGAUUCAACAAUGAAUCACUACUCUCCACUCUUUAUAGAGGAUGCUUGCCUAGGUAUAGGGAGAUGCUAGACACAGCUAGCAAUGGGAACUUCCUCAACCAGGAUGUAGAUGAUGGCUGGCAACUUGUGGAGAACAUAGCUAACUCAAAUGGAAGCUAUGGAGAAGAGUAUGAUCGCACCAACCGGAGCUCGACCCACCACUCGAUCGAGUCAGACGAAAAGUUGAGAAAAGAUGUUAAGGCAUUGAAUGAGAAGUUGGAUAAGCUGAUCCUAGCUCAGUCCACAAUGAAGAAAGUCAACUUUGUGUCUGCUGAGGAGAUGGAACCAGUCCAAGAAGGGGAGGAUACACAAUUUGCUGAGGUGUGCUACAUGAGCAAUGGGCAAGGAGGUUACAACAAAGGAUACUAUAAUUACAAGUCCAACCCUGCCAUGUCAUACCGCAACACUGAUGUUGCUAACCCUCAGGACCAAGUAUAUCCUCAACAACAAGCAGCUCGAUCGAGUCAGGUGCCACAACAUGGGUAUGGUCAAAAGAACAAUUACCAAGGACCACAAGGCACUUUCCCUGGACAACAAAUGAAUAUCCCACCAGGCUUCCCCCACCAACCGCCCCAGCCUGCACCUUCACAAGAGAAUGAGCUCAAGGCAAUGCUAAAGCAACUACUUCAAGGGCAAGCUGAUGGGGUAGUGGACACAAGCAAGAAGCUAGCUGAAAUAAACUCUAAGAUCGAGAACCUCAACACAAGGGUUUACUCUCUGGAGAAUCAUGCUUCUUCUGUUGCUGCUGCUACAAAGCAAGGACAACUACCUGGUAAAGCUAUUCAGAACCCCAAGGAACAGUGCAAGGUCAUCUUCACUCAAGAAGGACUUGUUGAAGAAGAGGAUCAAGAAAGGGUCAUUGAAGAUUUUUGUUUACUGCUGAAUGAUGAAGAGAUUGUUGCUGCUGAGGCUCCUGGAGUCCAGAUUGAUCAACCAGAAGUGCAGGCACCUACUGUGGCCAUUCACACUUCACCACCUGUUUUGCUUGAUCCUUACCAACCGGUUGCCGCUUCCUCGUCUCGCCUACUUAGUCAAGGUCACAAGGAAGUGAUUCACAAGUUCAGAAGAGAUCUCAGUGGGAUUGGAAUUGAGUUGCCUCCUAUGGAUAGCAUGAGUGAGGCAUUUGAUCAAAUGCAAAUGGUCAAGGAUGUUCUAGCCAACAGUGAUAAAGUUUCAGAGGUCCUACAAGAGUCUACUCAUCAGUUCAACCUGCUUACUUCACCCACCUUCCUACCAAAGGUCAAGGAUCAAGGGAAAUUCACUCUCCCUUGCACACUUGGGCAUCUUGAGAUUGACAAUGCCUUAGUGGAUUCUGGAGCAAGCAUCAAUCUGAUCUCUCUCUCCAUGGCAGAGAAGCUAGGCAUUGCUGGAGCCUUGCAGCGCCCUACUACUUCAAUCAUGUUUGGAGAUGCAACUUCUAAGUCUCCUCUUGGAGUGUUCAAGAACUAUCACUUGAAAAUUGGAGAAUGCAUCAUCCAAACUGAUCUCACUGUGAUGGAAAUGGAAGAAGAGAAGGAUUACCUCUGUUAUUGGGAACCCCUUUCCUUAGUACAGUUGGCGCUUCAAUAG